AUGCCUUUGAUUUCUCCUACUUUUGGUAAACGUAAUCCCUUAAAUCGCGAGGGAUAUUCAAGUCGAAGCGAAAGGCCUGUCGACCAACGAGUCGAGGAUAAUCCCUCGAAUCGCCAGGGAGCUUCGGGUAGAAGCAAAAGGCGACCAGGUAGCGACUGUGCUAUCGACACAACCUUGACUCAUCAGGUUAGCAUUUCUGAUGCAAAAGACGAGGAGAUAUCAACAAAUAUCGCCACAAACCACAUUCACAGGUUUACCACAACGGUGCAAAAAUGUGAAUCAAACUAUCAAACAAAUUCAAAUCAGCAAAACAUCCUCAAACAAAACUUAUCCAACAAGUUAACAAAUAUGUACACAAAUCGUCAGUCAAUUGCUGGUAAAUGUUGCUUAAACCUAAAAUGUCACACAAGUAACAGUACUGUAAACCAAGAUCGUUGUCAUGUAGGCUACGUAAAAAAGGCACGAGAUCGCGACAUUCACUGUUUUAUUCUGAUAACAAACAGGCGUUACAGACCUGUUGUCAGUUUCGCUAUCAUCAACAUCGUCAUCGUGACCAUGAGCCCAGUAGAAUUUCAGUGAAACAGUUACGCCGAAAAUUAAAAUUAAUUAAAAAAUGUCAAUUAUUAUUUAAAAAAUGUAUUAUAGUUAAAAACAAUAAUAGGCAUAGGCUCAAAGGUUCUGUACCUAGAUCUUCUCAACUUCAUAAUAUUGUACGGAAUUGUCGGAAUAAACAUAUUAACCAAAUGACUUUACGGUGUUAUCCUGAUCUUACCUGUACAAUGUCAAUGUUGACUAAAAAAAACGGACACAGAACAAAGUUAACGGCAAAACAUAUCAGAUUGAGUGCUCCACACUUUUAUAAUUCAGGCACUAGCCGUGAUCUAAAUUUUCUACACGAGUACAAAAAUAAUAAUCACAUGAAAAAUGUCUGUCGAUUUGCAUUAUGUAACGAUAUUGAGACAAAUCCUGGACUGGCCAUAUUCCAUAUUGAUCCUAGCAAGACAGUAAGUGCGCCUUAUAAUCAGGGUAAUCAAAUUAUGUUUGGCGAAACAGCAGGGCAACAAUGUUUGGCCAUGUGUUUGUGUGCUCUUAUAUACAACAAAAGAUAGGAGAUCACCGCAAGACCUCAUUCAAGUAAUGAAUAUUGGCAAUGAACUGUACUCAAAAUUGUCACAUUUAGCAAGACAAUCAUUUCUAAUGUUUAGUGAGUUACCUUCUUAUCUCACUGUAUUUGACACAGUGAAAGCUAUAGCGGUACAGUAAUUGGAGACUGUUGCAUUGAAGGGUAUCAAUACUGUGUACCAUUUCAUAGAGCAUUUGAAUUACUAUUCACUGAAGGCUAUACUGCAUUUAUAUUAACAAUUGACUCCAAUGCUGUUUGCGUAUACUCAAGCAUUGAGGGCAAAUUUAAAAUUUUUUAUUCCCAUUCAAGAGAUAAAUAUAUGGCAGAAGUCACCCACUAGGUACAUGUGUACUGUUAGAAGCAGAAAGUAUCAACAAUGUUAUUCAACAUUUUCAAUCUUUAUGUAGUGAAAAUAGUCAAUUUGAGCAGAAAGCAGUAGUUAUUGAAGAACUAGAACAAGUCAAUGCCAGUGGCAGUGUUGAAAUGAACGUAACAGACAGUAUUGGAAGUAUGGCUGAUCUAUUGGAUACUUUCUCACAAGAAAGUCAAAUUACUGACAGCUCAUACCCGUGUAAACAAUGCUCAGCAAUUUCACUGUAUUCAAUUUGUUACUCUAUUAUUAAACCAAGUAAUUACUGGGAUUCAAAAACAGUAGCUGCAGUUGUUUAUUUUGGCACUGCUUUGUAUAACAAAACUGGUACAAAUACAUCGAGUAAUCUACCUAAAGGAAUUGAGAUAUGUGGAACUGAAGUACAUGUUAAGUUUCAAGCUAAUUAUCAAGGAAAAGUGAAUGUAGAGACAGAAAGACAAAAGAUCAUUGAAAGUCUUAUAUGCCAUAAGCAUGGAAUCACAGGUUUUUAAUUUGGCUUGGAGGAUAUUGUAUGUCUUGCAUUUUUCAAGAAACAUCAAAGAAUAAAUCGUACUCAAUAUUAGCAUACGAUGACAAUAAUACCUCACCAACUGCAGCUGCGCACUUUGUGAAGAAUAUAGGUGAUAAGAAAACUCUAGUUGAUGUUAUCUUUAACUUAGCACAUACAAAAAUUAAGGAGGAAGUUAUUUAUUAUGAAAUUCAAUAUUUGUCUUGCUCUUCUCGAGUGACAGACAGUGAAAGAAAAAGCACUGUCAGAAGACACAACCGGAAAUACAAUAAUCAAAUAAUGGCACAGGCCAAAAAGGAUCAAAAGCUUGAAAUGAGGCGAACGAGACGACAUCUUACAUGUAAACACUUAAAUCAGGAUUACAGAAUUAUUGAUAACCAAAAAAAGAAAAAAAUAUUAGAAAGUAAAAGAGCGAAAUACCAAGCUUUGGACGAAACAAGCAAACAGGAAUUGUUAAAAAAAGAGAGGAAUCAUUACAAGGAACGGAAACAAAAAUUAUUAAAAAACAAAAGAACGAAAUACCAAACUUUGGACGAAACAAGCAAACAGGAAUUGCUAAAAAAACAGAGGAAUCAUUACAAGGAACGGAAACAAAAAUUAUUAGAAAACAAAAGUGCGAAAUACCAAACUUUAAAUGAAACAAGCAAACAAGAAUUGCUAACAAAAAAUAUGAACUCUUACAAAAUAAUGGAAGAGGUACAAAAUAAAAAAAUAUUAGAAAGUGAAAGAGAGAAAUAA